AUGGAAAAAUUCCUUAUAGAGGCUACAAUAGGACGUGCACUAGAGGGCUUAUUGACAGCAGUUUCACAAGCCAGGGACAGAGCGCAUAACUAUGAGUCCAUUCUUGCACAACUUGAAUUCACAAUCCGAUCCAUUGCUCCAAAAAUCUAUGAAAUUGAUCGUUUAUCUGAAGAACAUCUCCCAGAUGAUGUGGUCCACCGAAUACGUCUACAGCUAAUUCGAGGUAAGGAGUUGGUCGAUAAGUGUUCAAAGUCGGGUUGCUGCGCCUUCUACAACAGCCAGAGGUACUACAAGAAGCUCCAAGAGUUGGAUGAUUCUCUUGGAAGGCUGAUUAUGAUUGACUUGCAAGUUAAGAUGGCAUUGGAUGUUGUAAGGAUUUCGGCUGACAUGAAGGAGCUAUGUAGGAGAUGGGAUGAUCAAAUGCAGAAUGUGCAUGAAGGGGGAGGACAGAGUGCUUGGAUUUUCAAGCUAAGUGGAAGAAAGCUUAUUGCUGGACUAAAGAAAAUUGUACUGUACAAACCAAACAGAAUCCUUCUGAAUUUGGUUACUUGUGGAGCUAUGGAAGAUUAA